CGAAAAAUGGAGAAAUCAAGUUGAAGUUAUUGUUCUGUGCUACAGAUACUACGUACCCGUAUUGUGGAAAAUAACAGAAAGUUCUAAGAGCUGAUGGAAUCGGUGUAAACCAAAUACUCUGCGACACCAAUGAGUGGAAAUCAUUACCGGCACUAUUUUCAUUUUGGAUAUUAAAGCCAAGAAUAUCUCCUGAAAUAUCAUGGGCCUUUUUACCAAGCUCUUUGGUGAAUCAUUUUCCCAUAAGUUUUGUUGUCCUCCACUCCUCCAAAACUUAGAUCUAAGUGAAAAUUCAAUUAGCUGCCUACCAGCGUGGGUCAAGAGUCUCCCUCAGCUCCGAAACCUCAGCGUCCAGUCCUGUAAGAUGCUCAAGUCGCUUACUGGGAUUCCAAGUUGCAUUACGGAAUUGUCCAUACAAGGUUGCUCAUCCUUGGAGAGGAUGACAUACCACUCAAUCCUACACAAAUGUAAAUUGGUUGUUGAUGAUGAAUGGGGUAGUCUGGUUCUGAUUGAGGGGGGAUUUAAGUUAGAAGAUCUAGAAAAUGCUGGUGCCCAGAUACUUGGACGUUUUGGUCUGGAUGUUGAAAGAAUGGAAAAUGUUGUGUUUAAAAUGGAACAUUUCUUGGGUUCCGAGGAUAAAAUGCUUCCACUUCAGGGUUUGUACGAGCAUGGAGUGUUUAGCACUUUUCUUCCAGGAAACAGGAUACCUAGCUGGUUCAUAAGUGGGAAAGAUACUGAUGCCAUAAGUUUUAUCAUAUCUGCGUCGUCUCUCAACAACAACGUAGUCCGAGGCCUAUCCAUCGCGGUUGUGCAUACAUGUUCUGAACAUCAAAAGCACUCAAGAGCCUACUGGUGUACGUAACCAAGAGAGUAUUGUACACAAUAGGACUAAAGAUAUGCAGUGGGUCCACACUCCAACGAUUUUCGGCAUGCCAGAAGGUAGGGAAGAGAUGACAUGGUUAAGACACUGGGAAUUCGGAAAUCUGUUAGAAGCUGGGGAUGAAAUUUCCAUAGCAGUGAGUUUGAGUCGCCUGAAGGUAAAGGAAUUUGGAGUGGAACUUGUGUGUGACGACCAAGUGCUGAGUGAUCCAUCAAACUGCCUAGUUGUAAGCCGAGUUCCCUUGAUCGUUCCUGGAGACAUAUCACAGCCUGGUGUUGUGCAUAGAAUAGGAGGCUACUGAAUCAACUAGGAUCUUUUCCUUCAUCAAUCUCACUUCAAAUAGUAGUAGUAAUAUUUUGAAAAAAAAAAUGCGUAUGUAGUUGGGAAUUCUAAAGCAAUGUACGCUUCUUCUUUUUCUUCAUAGUGAAAAACUCUCUUGCUUUUGCUUAGAGAAUUGGGCCUAGUCGAAUCUCGUUAAAUCAUUGUGUUAUUUUUCUUCUCAUUUUCUUUGUUUAUGGUUGUAUGCUACUGAAUCCAAAGAAUUAUGUACGCCCAAACGGCUCUCUAAAUGGAGCAAGAAGUUCUCUCGACGAAUGUUUUAU